GCAGCCCGGGGCAUGUCCCGCACAAAUGCAGCAGCACCAAGCACCGCAUCAUCUCCCCAAAGGUGGAGGCGCGGCCCUGCCCGGCCCCGGCCCUCCCCGACCCACCGCGCCUGGCCGAGCCCAAGCCGGAGCCGGAGCUGGCCAAGCCUGACCGGAAGGAGCCCCCGGCGCCCGCCGCCGAGCCCCCCUCCUCCUCCCCGGACGCCCCCCAGCCCUCGUCUGCCGUGGCCCUGUCCAUGGGGCUGCCCGGCAGCACCGUCCUGGUGAUGACCGGCCUGGAGAAGCCACUGGCCCUCACGCCCAGCCAGCACCUGGUGGCGGGCGACCCGCCGGGCCUGGCCCUGCUACCGGGCCCCGGCCUGGUCCUGUCCCAGAACCUGGAGGCCAGCAUGGAGACCGGGGAGGCCGGCUCGGGCGCCUUCGACCCCGACUGCUUCCUCAACAGCCCCACCCGGGGCCAGACCUACGGGCGCCGGGCCCCGGAGCCGCCCCCGGCUGGCAACCGCUUCUUCAUCCAGGACGAUGGGGGGGCGCCGGGGCGGGGGGGCAGCCAGCCCCCCGCCGGGGAGACGCCCAUGGAGACGGGGGGGCCCCGGCCCAGCGGCGGGGCCAGCGAGCAGCUGCCGGACGACCUGUACUCCAUCAUCCAGACGGGGGCCGCAGGGGGGCCGGACCUGCCCUUCGGCCUCUCCCUGGACAGCCUCAUCUCCGAGCUCAUGACGGAGGGGGCCGGGGCCGGGGAGGGGAGCAGCCCCCCGUGCCCGGCCCUGCCCGACGCCCCUGGCGAGGCUGCCCCCCCAGGGGGCGUGGCAGCGCCGGAGACACUGGUCGCCAUCACCGACUUCUCGCCGGACUGGUCCUACCCUGAGGGCGGCGUCAAGGUGCUGAUCACGGGGCCGUGGACGGAGGAGACGGAUUCGUACACCUGCCUCUUCGACCGGCUGGCCGUGCCGGCCGCGCUGAUCCAGUCGGGGGUCCUGCGCUGCUACUGCCCCGCCCACGAGGCCGGGCUGGUGGCCCUGCAGGUGGCCCGCAACGCCCGGCUGGUCUCCGCCUCGGUGCUGUUCGAGUACCGGGGCCGCGAGUUCCUGGCACUGCCCAGCACCCAGCUGGACUGGCUCUCCCUGGACG